AUUGAGUACAAACCAUUUAAAUGUCUUCGGCCACAUAAGCCUUCGACGAUGCUUACAGAGGCGGGAUAUAGGCCGUUGAAUGCUUUUGCACGCCUUUCGAAUGGCUAUUGACACUUGUCAAUGAGUCUUGCGCUUACGGAGGAUGACUCUGUUCGUGAUAUUUUCAUUCUGGGAUCGAGACCGCGAAAUUCCUUUUCCAGACUUUUUGAAGACUUUGCAGCGUCAUUUCUCAGCCGUAUUCCGAGAGAAGAGAUUCUAUCUCUUUCGGUGCCAGGGAAAGCCGAAAUCAAGGCACACAACAGUAAGGAAGGGACGGCAUGGGUUACAUACCUCGUGCUGACGACGAACAGGAAUGACGAGGUAGCAGGAGUCUAAGUUGAGCGAACAAAUUCAAUGCAAAGAAGAUUGAAAGAUCAUCAAAUCACUCUUGCCAUCGCAACGCAUACCUCAGAUUCUUUUGCG